AUGGAAUCCGAUGGGUGCGGAUGGAAACCAGAAGCGCCAGCGGAAGAGGGGACAAGCAUGCCCGUCAGAAGCGAAGGCGAGCUUCAAGGAUCUGUGGCAGCUUUGCCUUUGGAGCAUGUAGCAGUGGGGAAUGGCGCAAAUUUUCAAAGCGCUUUGAUGCCUUCCAUGGCAGUUUCUGCGGUUCCUGAGGUGGAGGCUGCCUGGGAUCCGCACUCGGCCUGCAGCACAGACUACGCUGAAAGGUUCAAUCAGCUCCCUAGACAACGAGUCACGCCUCGCAAUCCUGAUAGCAUAAGACCUUCUUCAACAGGCGUGAUCGCGGCACAGCACACACUACGCCUGAACGGCUACGCCUCCAACAGUGGCUCUCAAUGCGACUCCCAACCCGCAGACCUCCCAUGCGCCGGCUAUUCAAAUACCUCCGGCCCUUUACAACCCCACGGGGGGGAGAUGAAGUCUACCCGUGGGAAUCAUGCAACUUGUCAAAGGCUGCAAUUUUCUCCAAUGCCUUCAGACGUUUCGACAUGCUUAGAAGACCUUCCGCUGGAGCAAUUGCUACGCCGUCUCUCUGAACGCGAUGUACAAAUGCUUAUGAGAACCAUCAUCAGCACCUCUGCUGCGAGCAGCCCUCCAGCAAGCGCAUGCGUUCUCCCGGCAACCAAGAAACGCAACAGUGGAGAUCGGGGCACAACGCAUCAAUCUUCGCUUGCUGCUCCGCUUUUGACGGAUGCCAAAACUGCUUCUCUUCCAGAGGAUACCACAGAAUCAAGGCCAGGAGACGCGAGCAGUGCAAUCAUUCCGCAGAUCCCACAGUAUGUGCCCAACGAUUGCCACAUCAGCCGCUCUCUGCCCGACUCUAGCCAGGCAUCUGAUGCCUUGAAGGGGGAAAUUCACCAGUCCGAAAAGCUCCUUGUCUCGGCGAAACCGGCACUGGAGCCUCUGUCAACUAGCGCCGCCAGGAAGAUAGCUGGCUGCCUCGAAGCGCACAUCCAACCCGGCCCCAAGAGCAAAGCAGCAGGUGUCAAGACUGAAACUGUCAAGGCAAGGCCUUUCCAAAGAACUUGUGGCGUCCAAACCACCUUGAAACUCUCAAUUGCUGACUUGGCAGUUGAAAAGGCCCUCACGCUUUACGCUUUGCACAACAAAAAUAAGAAGGGGAAUCACCCGCAGCAGAAAUCCAAAGCGGACGCCCAAGCAGUAACCAGGGAGUCGGUUAGAGCACACCCGGAGAAUGCCCACACAGAGAAGGCCUUACAGCAAAGCAUUGACUUCCCUUUGCUGCUUGUGGGCGCCUCUCUGCUUAUCAAAGAGAAUCGUAUAGAUUUGUGGGAUAGCUGCACGGUUGGCGCAUUCCACGCCUUGACAAAACAGCACGACGUCACGUUGGCCUCCACUGCUCGCACGAAAAAACUCCGGCUGUGCGAGCAUCAGCUGCUUAUCAACUGUUCAUGGUUGUCCCUUGAUGACAGGGUUAUUCGCCUAGCUGGUAUUCCACAUCAUGCUUCAAUCAGCGAAAAUGUCUUCUUUUUCCCCGGGCUGAUUGGAUCUUUGCUGUUGCUGUGGUGCAUACGCCCUGCUGCACCCACGCCUUCACAGCCUAGCUUCACUUCUUUGACGAGUUCCUCAAACUCUGAUUCGAGCAAAAGCCGCGACUAUGGCAUCCAUGCGAGACAUGGAGCCUCUAGCAUUGUGGACUACAACUUCACACCUCCAGGUUUGGCUAUUGGACUGACGCCUGGUACGCCAAGAAGCGAGUCAUUCACUGUUCCCCAGGGGAGCCCUCAGCCAUUGCUGGAGGUCUCUGAAGCUUCCCACACGGUCACGAAGCUUGAGAAUCCUGAAUCGUUCGAGCUGAUAAACAAUUUCGGCACCACCGCGCUAGACAGUUUCGCGGUAGAGGAAAGUGAUGAACCCUCCACCGUACCAGAAAUAAGCCUGGAGGAUAGAACUAGACGCGACUGCGGCUUACCUUGCGAUGCAGUGGCCAUAAUAAAUGCUCCGAACAACCAAUCCAAAAUUAUGCUGGUAUCACUGGCGUUUCUUGGUGUCUUAGCGCUGAAACGGCCAUCAGCUUCGCCUUCGAAUUCUGCCAGACCUACCGACUUCGGAAUGCAAAGAGGUGGGCAUCGUCACCACUGA